GAAUGAAUGAAUUCCUAUCUCUUCAACAGAGCCCUUGGGUCUGUAACUCCAAAUGAAUUUCAUGUCGCUCAAAUAACCCGGCUAGUGCACAACCUUGAGCCCGCUCCGGGCAUACGGUUCUCCAGCCGCAGAGCAGCUGCGCCAACGGACCGAUCCGAAGACGAUGUGGCACCUUUAGAUCAAGAACUAGGUGCUACGGCGGAGGUAUUUUCUCACAAAUCCGGUGUGAAUUGUCUGGCUGUCGAUCAGUUUGAGGGCCGAUACAUGAUAUCGGGAGGUGCUGAUCCAUCUAUUCAUCUCUGGGACCUUGAAUCAAGAGGCUCAGAACUCGAACACGUUCACCAGUCUUGCGCGUCCGUUAGCAAAUCGUCUCACGCCGAUGCGCAUACACAUGCGAUUACCUCCCUCUCGAUCUACCCAUUUGAUCCCGUCCCAUCUACGAUCUUCUCAACAGCACACGAUGGUACAUUAAAGCUGUCGGCAUUACAAUCGCCCUCUAUCACACCGCCUGGGUCAACACUGCUCGUCGCAGUAGGCACGUCUGACCGGUCGGUCCGACUAGUAGACCUACGAUCUGGACUAUCGACGCAAGGUUUGCCGGGACACAAUGGCGCAGUCUUAUCAGUGGCAUGGGCACCUCACCGGCCGCAUCUCUUAGCCUCUGCAUCGGUUGACAACCGAGUAAUCAUAUUCGACGUGCGUCGCGGAGGUCACAAUUCUGCCAUCGCCACCCUGGACAUGGACGACCCAGUGGGACUAGUCGCUCCAGGAACUGGAUCUGUGCCGGACUCAUACCUGAGUCGUCCGGCCUUCUCCCGGCAUGCUCGUGCCCACAAUGGGCCUGUGACUGGAGUACGGUGGACAUCUAAUGGCAGUCAUAUCGUGACGACAGGUCAGGAUUCCCGAAUUCGAGUCUGGGACUCCGCAACAGGCGCCAAUACACUUGUCCAUUUCGGCCCUCGGGUCCGUAAUAGCUCUUCCUCGCACCUGGCCGAGCGGGCACCCUUAAUCGUGCCGAAAGGCUCCAUGAAUCCAGGGCAUGAAACAUUGCUGUGGCCGAAUUUCAAUGAGCAGGACGAUCGUGGUGAGAUUUUCAUGUUCGAGCUCCGCGAGGGGACACUUGUUAAGCGUCUCCGCGUCCCGGGUCUCAUGGCUGGAUCGCAGAAUGUCCGUGGUCGGUCUAGCGCUUUGAGCGCUGGGCGUAUAAAUGAUCUUGUCUGGCGAGGGAACGGUGCCUCGGGAGAAGGGAUAGAGCUGUUCUCUGCCCAUGGCGAUGGAACGAUCCGGACAUGGGUGUCUCGGGAACCGGACGGCGAACCCACUGAAACCGAGCAAGCAGCUCAGGCCGAUCGCAAGAGGAAGCGAGAUGUUCUUGACGAGAUCUAUCAAGGAUUUCUCGGGCCUGGCCAGCCUGGGCUACGAAUCUGA